AUGGCAUUAGAGGAGACCCAAAACAAUGGGUCCGCCGUGGCGGUAGCACCGAAGGAAAAUGUCCUACCACCACUCAAGCAACAGCCACCGCAAGGUCAAGCGCAGGUACAACCGUCGACAUCGAAUGAAAAGCUGAACAAUAUCGUCAACGGUGGUGGAGCCACGAUGGAAAAGUCACGAUCCAACAACAAACAGAGCGACACAAACACAGCGUUCCUGCGGGCAGCCAGGGCAGGAGAUCUUCAAAAGCUGAUAGAGUACCUCGAAACCGGUCAGGUGACCGACAUCAACACGUGCAAUACGAACGGACUCAACGCACUACAUCUUGCGGCAAAAGAUGGCCACUACGACAUCGUAAAUGAGCUGCUGAAACGAGGUGCCCUCGUCGAUAAUGCCACUAAGAAAGGUAACACAGCGCUGCACAUCGCCUCGUUGGCGGGCCAAAAGGAGAUCAUUCAGCUGCUCCUGCAGUAUAACGCAUCGGUUAACGUGCAGUCUCAGAAUGGAUUCACGCCGCUCUACAUGGCCGCACAAGAAAACCAUGACGAGUGUGUAAAUUAUCUGCUUGCCAAGGGUGCUAAUCCAGCGUUGGCUACUGAGGACGGUUUCACGCCUCUAGCUGUGGCGAUGCAGCAAGGUCACGACAAAGUAGUAGCUGUACUGCUUGAAAGCGAUACGCGCGGAAAGGUUCGAUUACCUGCACUACAUAUAGCAGCCAAGAAGGAUGACGUAAAAGCGGCAAAACUGUUGCUAGAAAAUGAACACAAUCCGGAUGUAUCGUCAAAGAGUGGCUUCACUCCGCUUCACAUUGCUGCUCACUAUGGCAAUGUAAACGUCGCUCAGUUGCUGAUCGAGAAAGGUGCCGACGUAAACUUUACAGCAAAGCACAACAUCACACCGCUGCACGUUGCAUGCAAAUGGGGAAAGCUGAACAUGGUGAAACUCCUGAUCGCAAAUCAUGGCCGUAUUGACAGCAUCACUCGUGAUGGGCUCACCCCAUUACACUGUGCCGCCCGCUCAGGUCACGACCAAGUAAUAGAAGUAUUGUUAGAACAUGGUGCGGAGAUCAUUUCCAAAACCAAAAACGGACUUGCCCCGCUGCAUAUGGCGGCUCAGGGUGAACACGUUAGUGCAGCUCGCAUUUUACUAAUGAACAAAUCGCCAGUUGAUGACAUUACGAUCGACUAUCUGACUGCGCUGCACGUUGCCGCCCACUGUGGACACGUAAAGGUGGCAAAGCUACUGCUUGAUCGAAAUGCAGAUCCGAAUGCACGGGCGUUGAACGGCUUUACACCGUUGCACAUUGCCUGCAAGAAAAAUCGAAUUAAGGUAGUGGAGCUUCUGCUAAACCAUGGUGCCACAAUCGGAGCUACUACGGAGAGCGGUCUGACGCCAUUGCACGUGGCUAGUUUUAUGGGAUGCAUGAACAUUGUCAUAUAUCUUCUGCAGCACGAUGCCAGUCCGGAUAUUCCGACUGUGCGGGGCGAAACUCCACUUCAUUUAGCAGCACGUGCCAAACAGACAGAUAUAAUACGUAUUCUUCUACGAAACGGUGCAUAUGUAAACGCGCAGGCACGUGAAGAUCAGACACCGCUACACGUCGCAUCUCGCAUCGGUAAUAUGGAAAUUGUGAUGUUACUUUUGCAACACGGUGCAAAGAUCGAUGCCGUUACGAAGGAUAACUACACUCCGUUGCACAUAGCGGCGAAGGAGGGCCAAGAUGAGGUGGCAGCACUGUUACUGGACAACGAAGCUAAUGUCGAAGCGGUCACAAAGAAAGGUUUCACACCUUUGCAUUUGGCCGCCAAGUACGGCAAUCUAAAGUGUGCUGAAUUACUGCUUGAACGGGGUGCCCAAGUGGAUGUGCAGGGUAAGAAUGGUGUGACACCACUACACGUUGCUAGUCACUACGAUCACCAAAAAGUAGCGCUUCUGCUCCUUGAGAAGGGUGCCUCGCCGUACUCACCAGCAAAGAACGGUCAUACACCGUUGCACAUUGCGUCAAAGAAAAAUCAACUAAAUAUUGCAACGACGCUGCUAGAAUACAAGGCGGAUGCUAACGCGGAAAGCAAAACCGGUUUCACACCCCUUCAUCUAUCGGCCCAGGAAGGUCAUGGUGAUAUGGCCCGUACCCUUUUGAAUAAUGGUGCAGAUCCUAACCAUGCCGCAAAGAAUGGUUUGACACCGUUGCAUCUGUGCGCACAAGAAGAUAAUGUAGGCAUCGCAGAAACGUUACUGGAACACAAGGCUCGCAUUGAUCCGGUGACAAAGACAGGGUUUACUCCGCUUCACGUAGCCGCUCAUUUUGGCCAAGCUGGAAUGGUGAAGUACUUGAUCGAAAAUGAUGCAAACAUCGAGAUGAAGACCAACAUUGGACACACGCCAUUGCAUCAGGCUGCACAACAGGGACACACACUGAUCAUCAAUAUUUUACUGAAGAACAAAGCUAACCCAGAAGCAGUAACUAACGGUGGCCAGACGGCGCUGUCGAUCGCAGAUAAGCUAGGCUAUAUUACCGUAGUGGAGACGCUGAAGGUAGUCACCGAAACUAGCGUUACACAGACGGUUGAUGAAAAGUUUAAAAUCGUUGGACCGGAAACUAUCCACGAGACGUUCCUGUCGGACUCCGAAGAUGAGGGGCCCGAAGGAGGCACACCACCCCCACCUAGUGCUAUGAAAGCCCUAAUGCAAGCGCAGCAAUUGUAUGGCGGUAGUGGUGCUAUCAAGUACUAUCAAUCGCAAAUGCGUUACACACGUGAAGAUCCAAUCAUGUCCGACCAGCAGCAGUAUAACUACAUGACAAGCGACGAAAACAAACAGUUUGACGACACUAAUCUCACCAACAUGAGCAUCGAUCCAUUGAAAGAUGACAAAUAUCUGGAAAAAAUCAUUUCCCGUGCGGAGAACUACACCGUCUCGGCUGUAGAUCGGUCCCAUACACCUAAUCCGUUGGACAUCACCGUAACUGAUAAUGUCAACAUCACCCGAAAGCCGAUCCACGUUGGGUCGCUAAGCAACGAUGCACUGUCGUUGACAAUCGAUCGAUUGGCCAACAUUUAUUGUGGUGAUCAGAAAAAGUUUGUCCCGAUGUGUAGGGAAAGAUUUCUGGUGUCAUUUCUGGUUGAUGCACGUGGUGGUGCCAUGCGUGGUUGCCGCCACAGCGGUGUUCGUGUGAUCGUACCACCUCGUUCUGCCGCACAGCCAACAAGAAUUACUUGUCGAUACGUAAAACCACAGCGCAUCACCAACGGGCCGCCCUUGAUGGAAGGAGAGGCUUUGAUCAGCCGGAUUCUUGAACUGGCCCCGGUGGGCGCCAAAUUCCUCGGUCCCGUCAUUCUCGAGGUGCCACAUUUUGCAUCACUGCGCGAUAAGGAACGUGAAAUUAUUAUUCUACGUUCCGAUAAUGGAGAAACUUGGCGCGAACACACACUCUACGAUAGUGAAGAAGCCAUUCACGAAGUCCUGAACGAGACAUUCAAGGGUGAUACGCUAAACUUGCUCGAGGAUCUGCACACGAAUAGGAUUACACGUAUCGUGACCAAUGAUUUCCCGCAUUACUUUGCGAUUGUGUCGCGUAUUCGUCAGGAAGUUCAUGCCAUCGGACCAGAAGGCGGUACCGUAUCAGCUACGGCUGUGCCACAAGUACAAGCCAUUUUCCCGCAGAACGCCCUCACGAAGAAAAUCCGUGUCGGUCUGCAGGCGCAACCGAUUGACAUGAAUACUACUGCCAACUUGUUAGGUCGCAGUGUGGCGGUUUCGCCGGUAGUAACGGUGGAACCGCGUCGGCGCAAGUUCCACAAGGCAAUUACGCUAAGUAUGCCCGCACCGAAAGCUUACAAUUCGGGUAUGAUCAACCAGUAUUCGGGCAACGCCCCCACGUUGCGUUUGCUAUGCUCGAUCACAGGUGGUCAGAACAAAGCUGUUUGGGAAGAUGUGACCGGUUCGACGCCUCUCACAUUCGUGAAUGAUUGCGUGUCCUUUACGACGACAGUGUCGGCUCGCUUCUGGCUGAUGGAUUGCCGCAACAUUGGUGAAGCAACGAAAAUGGCCACCGAGUUGUACUCGCAGAUGGCACACGUACCUUUCAUGGUUAAGUUCGUCGUGUUUGCAAAGCGUGUAGACCAAAGCGAAGCCAAAUUAAGCGUUUUCUGUAUGACGGAUGACAAGGAGGACAAAACGCUGGAACAUCAGGAACACUUUACGGAGAUUGCAAAGUCCCGUGACAUCGAGGUAUGUGAGGGACGCACAAUUUAUCUAGAAUUUGCUGGCAACAUCGUACCGGUGAUGAAAUCUGGCGAACAGCUUUCACUGCAGUUCAAUGCAUUUAAAGAAAAUCGUCUAACGUUCACGGUAAAGAUAAAAAACAGCCUGGAUGAUCUGCUUGGACGCAUCUCGUUCAUGAACGAUCCCAAGGUUGCCAAGGGCGAGCCAAUUCAAACACCACUUUGCACGCUUAACUUUACGCUCCCAUCGGAAAAGUUUGGUCUUGGAGGGGAUGAGCUCGAGACAACCUCGGAAUUCGAUCAGAGCUCGACUGAGGUUCUGAACAGCGAACAGCAAGCCAUUGUCGCUGCUGCCAACCGUGGAAAAACACUCAACUUCACCUUCCAAAAUGGAGAUGGGGCAAACGAAAUUCAUAAGGCCGAUAUUAAGAUCACAGACAUAUGCAAUCUGCUCGGAUCGGACUGGCCGCUGUUAGCGGAUGAGCUUGCGAUUACACCGUCAGAUGUGGAAUUGAUACAAGCAGAAUAUCCGAACGACGAAGCACAACAAGCAAUCGUAAUGUUGCGACUCUGGUUGCGUCAGGCCGGAAGAGAUGCAACAGGUAAUGUGCUAGAGCAAGCGCUUAUCAAAAUCAAUCGGCCUGACAUCGUAAACAAAUCGAUUACGAACUUGGAACCGGUGACAGACGAGUAUGAACGACGUGUUGCUCAACGGCAAAUCGGUUCAAUGAACGGACUUGAUGAGAUCGAUCCAGCAAAGGUGAAUGGUAUGACUACGGCAAGCAACACAAUGCACGAAUCUGAGCACGAGCAAACCGAAGAAAAGCAAGAACACGAAGCAGUCGAAAAACACAAACAAACUCCGGCAGAAAACAGUUCGCCAACGGACUCCGUAUCGCCAGAUACGACUGAAGCGUUCCAGCAGAUUCGCCGCGAGAGCGAAAUCCUCGGAAUAGCAGCGAUAAAAAAGGAAGAUCUUUCCACGCCACCGCCCAGUCCGGCCGAUUUCAAUACGCAAGUCAGCCAGAACAGCAGUCAAGCGAGUGCCGAUGAGGGACGAAACGAUGCAGUAGCCGAGGAUGUGCAAGAAAUUAUUCAGCAAGCCAUCAAAGAUCAUGACACCCAUGACGAUGACGAAGAGGAAGCAGGGCCGGUGGCGGUGGAUACUGUUGGCAGCGAUUCGGCAGUCAGUGAUCGUGACGAAGAUUCUGAAGGAUUUGAACUGGAUCUGGAAACGGAUAAAAGUGGUAAAGUUAAGACGAUAAAGAAACACUCGAAGGUGAACAUUAAAAUCAAUAAAACCGUCGCCCAACGUCCUACGGUCGGGGACAUCGAAUGGGAAGUGCCAGAACCGGAUGCAAGGCAACCACAAAUAGAGAUAUCAUCCGUAAACCUGGAGGACGUCUCGAACGAUCGGCGGUACAGUUUGGAUCACAUUGAUCCCGUUGCCGAAGGACUAACGCUCGGUGCUCGUACAUAUGAAAAAUCUCUCUCGACCCCGGGCGAAACCCAGCAGAAGAAAUCGGAACAAAUUGUUAUCAUUUCGUCCGAUAAUAACAUCUCCGAAGUGCCAGCAGACUAUUCCGGUGACAUCGACGAGUUUAUUUUCGUGCAAACAUCACCGGAAAAUUUUGCCAAGAUGGAGAAAGAGCAGGCUACCGGUGGGGUGGUCACAGAUGAGGACGAUAACAGCAACUUGGUCAUCAUCACGGAGGAACAUUACGAUUACGAAUUGACAAGCGACGAUGAUCGACGAUCGUCCAGUGUGUUGGAACACCCAUCGCCGCCAGAAGAAAAAGAUCUUGAAGGAUACACAGUUGCUCAAUCGUCCUCGAACGCUGGAGCGAAUGCCCAGAAGCGCUUCAUUGUCGGUGGAAGUAGUAGUUCGGAAAGUGAAGAAGAUCCACAACAGCGGCGCCGUGAUCAACCCGGAUCGACCACGAUCGUUAGACGUACGUUGCGAACAAAAGCGAUCCCGACCGGACUUACGAUUACCGAGGAUGAAUCGGUCGUGUUGACGGUCGACCAGGCCAAUAACAGCACCAGUCCAGCGAUAACUGUCUGCCAGCCAACACCGCCACCGGCGCAGCCACCCUCCAGUAGUACCAGCAACAACUUCUCUAUCCGCACAGGACCGGGAUCAUCGAGCGGAUCAGACGUUGCCCUGCACGAAACGGCGGGCGAACUAAGCGAUGACGAUGAAACAGGUAAAGUCAACAUCAACCAGCACGUGGCCGGUGUUAACCCGGAAACGGACACUGCUCUCUCUGAGGAUUCACACCCUUCACCCAUCGUUACGUCCUCGCGUGUGUCGGUGAUCGUAACCCAAGUAUCCAACGAUCUGAUCGAUGACGAAAUGCCUCCGCAGAUAGCGGAGGACAUGUUGGUCGAUCUUUCUGUGCACAGUGAAGACGGUGGUGAAGAUGAAGCGAACGAAUCUGACAUCGACAAUACUGAAAUUCUUGGUGGUGGUGAUGGUGGAGGCUCUGUACUGGUUCAAAUGGGAUCGGGCCCAGCAGAAGGCAGUACAGAAAUUAAAAACUACCUAGUUCAUAACAAUGACCAACUGGCAGGUAUGGAGCCAAAUGAACCACCAAUCGGAACGGCUAUUCCAACAAACAAUGGAUCCACCCGUACGCAGACAAACACUAUCGUAGAUGAAUCAGAUGAUGGAACCGUUCGUACAACAGUGUUCUCUACAACGAUGAGAUUUGAUGUUCCCGAAGACAUGAAAGACCAGAUAUUAAAAGAGUUACGUGACCAAGAAUUAACGGGGAAUCAACAGCAUCGAGAGUUGCAACAGUCAGUUCAAAUAGAUCAGCUGUUGAGUAAUCCACUAAUUACGUUGGAUCCGGACACUGGUGCCUCGACAACACGAACGACAACGACCACUAAAACAAUCACACUCACACCGGAUGGCGAUUUCCCUGAGGAUGAGUUGCUGCAGAAGAUCACAACGGUAACGACGCACACCUCUCAACAAAAUGUACCAGAAAUGGUCAAGGAGACGACCGUCACCGUAACGGAAAUGGUGGACGGGCGAACACUAGACGGUGUUGCCAAGGAACUCAACAAUAAAGUGGAUGAGUUCAUGAACCAGGAGCGAAAAAAUUAA